GCCAGCCCCAGCAUGCCCUUCCAGAGGCGCAGGGUGUCCUUCAGGGGGACACGGGCGUCAUCCUCCCUGGAGAGCCCCCCAGCCUCCAGGACCAAUGCCGCGGGUAGCCUUGUCCGGGCACCUGGGGUCUAUGUGGGAACGGCACCCAGCAUAGGCGGCCUGGGUGCCCGGGUGACCCGCCGGGCCCUGGGCAUUAGCAGCGUCUUCCUGCAGGGCCUGCGGAGCUCAGGCCUGGCCACGGUGCCUGCUUCGGGUCUGGAGAGAAGCCACACUUCCGUGGAGGACCUGGGAGGCUGCCUGGUGGACUAUAUGGCCAAGAUACACGCCCUGGAGCAAGUCAGCCAGGAGCUGGAGACACAGCUGCGGACGCACCUGGAGAGCAGGGCCCAGCGCUCGGGGGGCUGGGGCGCCCUCCAGGCCUCCUGGGCCAGCAGCUGCCAACAGGUGGGCGAGGCCGUCCUGGAGAACGCCCGGCUCAUGCUGCAGACCGAGACCAUCCAGGCUGGCGCCGAUGACUUCAAAGAGAGAUAUGAAAAUGAGCAGCCGUUUCGCAAGGCAGCAGAAGAGGAAAUUAACUCUCUCUAUAAAGUCAUUGAUGAAGCUAAUUCGACUAAAGUGGAUCUAGAGAAUCAAAUUGAGAGUCUGAAAGAAGAACUUGGCUUUCUGUCCAGGAACUAUGAAGAGGACGUGAAGGUGCUGUACACACAGUUGGCCGGGUCUGAGCUUGAGCAGAUCGAUGCUCCUAUUGGUCCUGGCCUGGACGGCAUCCUGGAGGCCAUCAGAACUCAGUGGGAGAGAGACGUCGAAAAGAACCGGGUGGAGGCAGGAGCCUUGCUCCAAGCUAAGCAACAGGCUGAGGUGGCCUGCGUGGCCCCAACCCAGGAGGCGAAGCUGGCUGCUGCCCUCAGGGUGGAAUUGCACAACACUUCGUGCCAAGUCCAGAGCCUCCAGGCUGAGACGGAAUCCUUACGCGCCCUGAAACGGGGCCUGGAGAACACCCUGCACGACGCCAAGCACUGGCACGACAUGGAGCUGCAGAACCUGGGCGCGGUGGUGGGCAGGCUGGAGGCCGAGCUGGGCGAGAUCCGCGCCGAGGCCGAGCAGCAGCAGCGGGAGCGCGCGCAGCUGCUGGCGCUCAAGAGCCAGCUGCAGAAAGAUGUGGCGUCCUACCACGCCCUGCUGGACAGGGAGGAGAGUGGUUAGUGGAGAAAUGUCCUAUUUCCAUGAAGAAAACGCAACUUCCUUGCUGCCAGCGGCCAAUGAAGUUGCUUGAGAAACUUCCUGC